ACAUUUUACCCACACAACAAAACUCUUUCAAACAUCUCCAACAUUCUUUGAUGCAGCUGUAAUGACUCUUAAACAUGUGAACAUUCUGCUAAUGAAGAGAACAAACAUCUCAAAGCACAUAUUUAUCAGCUUUAACGCAUUUUAUUUGGGGAAUUCGUAGUGAAAUUGGUCAAUCGGAAAACAUGGGAGCAUUAGCUUUCAGUUUGCUCACUGGAUCCUUGUAGUGGAAGUCCUGCAGUUCUCGACUCUGUGCUGCUGCUGCUUUUAUCAAUCAUCAAAAUGCUCAUCAUCAUCAUCAUGUUUAAGUCUGAACUCCCUCCGUCUUAUGAAGAGUCCCAACCUCAGGGGGGCAGUUCUCCUCCCCCCCCUCACACCUACACCACACAUGAGAUGCCUGGAGCUGAAGCAGGAGCAGGAGUUCCACCCCCAGGAACGUCCACUGUUAUACUUCCCACCUACACGUCCUUAGGAGAUAUUGAGGGCUCUGACCCCAGUGCACUGUGGGAAAAUAAAAUUAUUCGCCAUGCGUUCAUCACAAAGGUUUAUCUGAUUCUGGCGUUGCAGCUGUUAGUGACAACCUCAAUCGUAGCGGUGUUCACGUUCAUUGAUCCGGUGCGUCUCUUCGUCAUCCAGAAUCCUGUGAUUUACUUGGUGUCUGUCAUUGAUUUUAUCUUUAUUUCUGGCAAUUUGGCUUGCAUUGAAGGUAUAAGGAGACGAUUUCCUGUGAACCUGAUUUACCUGUUCAUAUUUACUCUCGCCAUGUCCUUUAUGGCUGGAACAACAUCGAGUUUUUUUGAGACGAAGACCGUGUUCUUGUUUAUGGUAAUGAUGGUGGUGGUGUGUGUGGCCAUUACAGUGUUCAGUUUCCAGACCAAGGUGGACUUCACCUCCCGUCCUGGUUUGUUCUGUGUUCUGUACAUUGUGCUUUUAAUAACAGGCAUCAUCUCAGCCAUCGUCCUCUACCUUCAGUAUAUUGAGUCGCUGUCCAUGCUGUACACUGCUAUCGGGGUCAUCUUUUUCACUCGGUUCCUGCUAUACCACACUCGGCUGAUGGUGGAGAAACGGAUUUAUGAGCUAAAACCGGAGGAGUACUUCUUUGGAGCUCUGACUCUCUACACAAUCACACCGACCUUCUGUUUCGAAAUGUAGGACAUCGACUACAGCUGAAGACACACACACACACACACACACACACACACACACACACACACAUCAAUAUGUAAAUGAGAUGUAUCUAUUUGUGGAGCUUUGCUAACAAAUCGAAUAACCUCUAAUCUGA